AUGGCAACAGCAGAACAUACGUCCAACAGCUCAGAGUUCCAAGCGUCUGAGUUCAUCCUGCUGGGCUUCCCAGGCAUUCCUGAGUUCCAGCACUGGCUCUCCUUGCCUUUGGCUCUGCUUUACACUGUGGCUCUUGGUGCUAAUCUCCUAGUCUUCAUCACCAUCUCCAAUGAGCCUUGCCUGCAUCAGCCAAUGUAUAAGUUUCUUGGUAUGUUGGCUUCAGUAGGUAUUGGCUUGGCUACCACCAGCAUUCCCAAGAUCCUGGCCAUCCUGUGGUUUGAUGACGAAGCCAUCAGCCUCCCUCCGUGUUUUGCUCAAAUCUAUGCUAUCCACUCUUUUAUGUGCAUGGAGUCAGGCACCUUCCUAUGUAUGGCAGUGGAUAGAUAUGCAGCCAUUUGUUAUCCCCUUCAAUAUCCCAUAGUUACUGAACCAUUUGUUAUCAGAGCCACGUACUCAUGCUGCUCAGGAAUGGCCCUGUUAACUAUUCCAGUGCCUGUACCAGCUGCCCAUAGACAGCACUGCUCCAGGAACGAAAUAGAUCACUGCCUUUGCUCUAACUUGGGUGUCAUUAGUCUGGCCUGUGAUGAUAUCACUGUUAACAGGUUCUACCAGUUGGCCUUGGGCUGGCUUGUGGUUGGAAGUGACAUGAUUCUGGUCUUUGCUUCCUAUGCUUUGAUUAUUCGCUCAGUGCUCAGGCUCAACUCCACUGAAGCAAUAUCUAAGGCCCUCAGUAUUAGCUCCCACCUCAUCUUCAUUCUGUUUUACUACACAGCUAUUAUUGUAUUAUCUGUCACUCACCUAGCAAGAAGGAAGGUUCCCCUCAUCCUUCUCCUCAAUGUGCUGCACAUCUUUAUUCCGCCAUCGCUUAACCCCAUGAUAUAUGCCCUUAGGACUCAGGAGCUGAGGCUGGGCUUCCAGAAGGUGUUUGGCUUGAGUGAGUAUGUGUCCAGGAAGUAA